AGGAUGCUGGUAGCAGUGGUGGAGGCCCAGAACCUGGCAACGGGCUGCAGGGCUGAAGAUGGCGGGCAGCUCCCCUCCUUGGAUCGGCAGUGCUUAUCUCUUCCUCCAGUCGACGUGCAAGACCAUCGUUCUGCCGUCUCUCUACGAAAGCUCCCAGAAGAAGCCUAGUGUGUUCAAGGCGCUGAAGCUGGCGUUAGCAGACUCCACCGGCAGCGUGAACGGUGUGGACAUGCUCAAAGUGCACUGCAGCCACCCCCACCUCAUAGUCCAGCUCAAGUUCUGCAAGCAGGAGAACUGCCGCCGGUUCCUGCAGAGUUACCGGGAAGGAGCGCUCCAGGAAUCCCUCCAGAGUCACCUCCAGCUCUCCUUAGCCAUGACCAGGGUACCUCUGGAAAUGGAGCUGAAGGCUGGCAAUGAGCACCUGGACAACAUGCUGAAGGAUGAGGAUCGCUGCCUGGAGUGCAUCUACAGAGAAAAGCCUGACCGCCUGCGGGAUGAGGAGAUCACAGAGCUGGAGGAAUGCCUCAAGAGCCUGAUCGUUCACCAGAGCAUCAACAACAACGUGGCUGUAAAAGGCUGCCCGUCUCUGAACUCCCCAUCUCUACCUUGUCCUUCUCAAGGCGGCUCCCUUUCCCCACAAGUCACCUUUAUCUUUCAGGGACAACAGUUCGCCAACAGAACGCUCACACCAGACGACCACCAGAAAUUUGCCAAGCUCGUGUCCAAGAAGUGGAAGCAAGUGGGUCGCUCUUUGCAGAAGAACUGCCGGGCCCUGCGCGAUCCUGUCAUUGAUAACCUGGCCCUUGAAUACGACCGAGAGGGACUAUAUGAACAAGCCUAUCAGCUGCUUCUCAGAUUCAUCCAGUCGGAGGGGAAGAAGGCCACAAUAGCACGACUGGUCGCAGCCCUGGAGGAAAACGGUCUCAUCAGCUUGGCUGAGGAGCUCUUGGGCCUCCAUUCCAAUGAGGACUGCUCCUAGAGACCCCAAAGGGUAGCAGCGUUGCUAAGAGCUUUCUUGCUUCUGCUAGUGUAAGAGACUGCUGCAGCGUCUGGGAAUGUAAAGUCCUGAAAAUCACCGCAGGAUUCCAUGUAGAUGGGAAUGCCUGGGGAAGAGGCCAGCACGGACCUCUGACGUUCCUUGUUUUAUUCUGUUUCCAGAAGCCAACAUUACCUUCCUGUGAACUGAUGAGAGAGGCUUUCAGCCUGACUUCCUUCAGGACUGAAACGUCACAGGGAAGCAGCCAGACAGUUAGAGAGCCCUAGGGGAGAGGAGAAGAGCAAGGAAGGCAUCUUGGAGAACUUCUCUAGGAAGCAGACAAUGCCACUGUUUCUCAGGCUGUGGCCCAGGGCCAUCACCUGGAGGGUUGCAGUAUAUUUUUUUAUAUGUCAGACAUUCAUGCCUUCAGGCACGACAUCAAGCAAAGACAGAAGGGAAAUUAAGGAAAAGUCAAUUUUAUACUAUUUUCCUUCUUUGUUCUUCGAACAAGGAAAAUCUGUGGUAAGUGCAUUUGUCCUGCCCUACUCUAGUACAGCUCAUUCCCACCUCUCACCACCUGAAGGUUUCCCUUUUACCUGGGACAGUCAUCAUCUCCCACAGGGCACGAGAUUGCUUCUGUAGAGCUAAUUUCAGGCACUGAACAAGCAAUAUGGACAAAGACAAAUUCAGAGAAAUGAUUCUCAACUUUUUCGGGACCAUAGUGGACAAUAAUAUACUGACUACAUCACGCUUAGCUCUUUCCCACCAACCCAAGGAAGCCCGCAUCUGUCAAAGGAAAGGAAAACAAAACACACAGAGCUGGAAGGAAAAUAAUAUUCUCCUCAUCAGCAAGUUACCUGUGGAGCACAGAUUGGAGCUGCUGCUCUGAGGUGUGUCACAGCAUCAAAUGCCAUCCUGAACCUGACCCACAGAGCCAAACAGUCGCCUCUGAGGAGCUGGCUGCCAGUGCCUUCGCUCUCUUCUUCGCUUCGACCUGCUUAAGUUAAGCAGUUAAGUUGGGUGCUUAACUUCCCAGCCAACCCAGGAACCCAACUGCUCCAAGUUCCCGAGGACACCUCACGCCAUCGCGUCUCGCAAGAGUCAGGAUUUGCACGGAGCCUUUCCCCUGCCCGUGUUGUCACUGUGUGACAAUUGGGCACCGGCUGCUGGCUUUACCUGCCCUGAUUUUGAGGGUUAAAAACGGCUUAAAAGGACAAAGCCCAUAACGCCCAGGGCUGGCUCGUGCUUUCAGUCCCUGUGGAGAAGCUGACUCUCUCCUGGUACGGUUGAUGCAGACUCCAACGGAGCAGAGUUUACACCUUUGCCCAUGACAAAGCACAGAGCACGUAUCUAGCAUCCCACGAAGCACAACAGCAGAUUGAUUUCCUUUGACAUAGUCCCUACACUCUCCUGAUACGUUUUUACUUAACCUUUUUCAUUGAUUCUGCCCCUCUUUGCCCUUCCCAUCCGUGGAAAUAGCCAGCGGGCCUUGGAAAUUAUUUCAGAAUGGGAGGGUGGCUCUGGCAGUCAUGGUAGGACCAGCUUUUAGACAGGCAAACCCUGGUGGCCUUUUAAACCCCAGCUCAUGUCUUAAUCCUUCCUGGAGUCAAAGCUGUAAUUCAGUAAGGAGGGACACAAGGUGGGAUUGGGGCGUGGGCUCAGACCCAAGCUCUGGGGGCCGGUGCUGCUCCCUUUGCUUCUGCUACAGCGCACGCUGUGAGCAUCAGCCAACUGAUGAGCUGGAUCAGGAGGGUUUGGAUGGCAAUCAGAUAUGCUGAGCAUUGCAUUCCCCAGCCUAAGCCUGAGAAACCUGGCUUUUUCUUUUUUUUCUGCAGAUUUUGAAUCCCCGCGGUCACCUACACAGCGUGGAAAGGAAAGGGAGGGGGUCAGAGAUGGGGAGAAUGUUUUCGAGGUGUGAAUCUGCUUCCGUCUUGCCCUUAGCGUCAAAGGAAGCAGGGCUUCACGCAGGCACCAUCUCAACAGAGACUGUGGCCCCACAGCGUUUUAUUAAGCCAUUCCACGUCAGUGCUGGUACAGCCUCAUCUCUUCCAUUCCUGCUCCAUCCCGCCCACCCACCCCCCAGUAGUACCAGUGCUUUUCCCAAAAGGAAGCAAUCUUCUCUCUUCAGUUUUGCUUUUGGGACCAGCACAGCACCGCUGAUGUUAGUUAGUUUAGGCUGCUGUGGAACCAUACCUCAAUUUAGCCUUCCUGCCAGAUCCCAGCUGCGGAACUCGAUUUAGCAGCAACCCACCUGGCAAAUGAUAUUUUAUACAUUUUUUUAAUACAAAAAAAAAAAACAAAACCACAUCAGAAACUUGAAAAUUACUUUAACAGCAAGAGGGUUUGCUCUUGAUUUUGCAAAAAUGAUUUUUUAGAAGACAAGGUCAUAUGCAUAGCCUGCCUCAUUUGUAAUGAACAUUUCUAAGCUCUUGGGCUAGCUAUUCACGUGCAAAACUUUUAUAUACAGUUAUAAGACAGCCACUGAGCAGUGAGGCCUUCUAGCUUUUAUAGUGUCUGUUAAUGCUCAGAACAAGAAAGGCUUGUUAUUCAGCAUCUACUUCAAGUCCAAAAAAAUUCUUUGCUCUUAUUACUGUAUACUUAUUACUGUAUUCAUGCUUAUUACUAAGCAUGAAUGCUUUUUUUUUUCUUAAUGCAAACCUUGUGCAUUUUAUUCCUCUGCCAGCAAUUGGUAUAUGUGUUUCCUCUUACUCACAGAUUCCUUCUCAAAAGUGCCAUUAAGUGCUGGAACUCCUGGCAGCCUUUCUGGAAUAUCAUCAUCUUUAACAGCAUUCACAGGUGCCUUCAUUGCAGAGACUGGCAGGAAAAGGGUUUUCCAGUGAUAUUCCGUGGUGGAAUUGUCUUGAGCACAUGGCAUGGUUUGGGACCAUAGCAAUGGCUGUUUCAUACCUUCUUUCCCGUGAUGGAUCAUUAUCGUCAUUAGAUUCAAUGAAAACUCGAUUCUGGUUUCAAGGGGACUCCUUUCCUGCCAAAAGAGUAGGUUUUUUUAGUAUUUUAGUAUUAUCUGGCACAAACACAGAUAGAGACAAUUAUCACAGAAGCUUUAGAAUGAAGCAGAUCGAUCAGAUCGUGAUGUCAUUUGCACUGAUUUGGCAUUUGGCUGGGGCUUGACUCUGAAUUUCCUUCUGUUUUACCCAGAAGAUUUUACAGUGGUUUUACACCAGCGUGCAAAGACAGGGGAACUCGCAUCAGGCAGGGAAGGAAGCAGCACUCAAAGAAAACAAAAAAAAAACAAGAAAAACCACAUUAGCAGAGAUUUGUUGAAGAAAUCAGAAGCGUGUCUUUACCUGGGAUAGUAACGCAACGAGCGAGGAGGAGCUGGGUGUUGGGGAUUCCUGCCCUGUGCACCACGAACGCGGUGCUGUCUGCCAGACCGAGGGCUGUCUCACCUUUGGAAGAGGAGCAGGCUCCAGCUUUCAUCCUCCCCAAGUUGGCUGCACCCAUACUGCACCCACUCAGAUGCCAGGCACGCAAGUGACACCCCUGUGCCACUCUUUAUAAAGAUUAAUAAUGCCUAGUGUGGGCCAUAAGCCAUGGGCAGCGCUGCUGCUGCUGCUGGAUUUGGCCUUAUCCCAUAACAACUCUUCUCUACCUAUUGAGAUAUGUCUGGGGAAAAAAAAAAUAAAAUAUAUAUUUUUGGAGGGUGGGGUGGUGAUGUUUCAGAAUCAAGCAUGUAGCAAACUGGCACACGAUAUAAAAAGCAACUAAAGAUGCUAAUUAGUUGCAUAUUAAAAAAAAAAAAAAAGAAAAAGAAAUAGACCAAGUAUAAAGCAAACCGCAGAAACCAGGCCCAAAUGUGCUUACAGGAAGGGAUUCAAGAGGGCUUUUUUUGUGGUACAGAUUGUUUUUGUAGUUUUAGCAAUGUUUCACAUUUGAAGGAGGCUGCUUUCAGUCUGCCAAAAAGAAGAGACGAUCCAUCCAAACGAGAAUUUGAAUGAUUUGUUUUGGCGUGGCCAAGCUACCCCGUUCAAGCGGGUAAUACCAAAGAGGAGAGUGAGAGUUACAACUUUGGGGUGAGGCAUCUGAUAGAAGUAAACCUGAGGGUAUACCCGGGUAGAAAAUUGUCACAAAGGAAAAAUAUCAAACUGUCCUGGAGGGCAGAGUGAGCAAAAGGCUGAGAUUAACCCUCUUAGAUGCUUGUUAAAAAUACACCGUCAGUUAAUUCCCCUGCUGAAGACAACAGUGCACCAUCAGGGCAGACAGGGAAGGUGAUUUCUUCCACAGUUCCACAGAUUUCUUCCAAGUUCUCACACGCCACAGCUGCUGACAGCAGAGCAGUUUGUCGGGUGAAAAGAGUACUUGACUCAAAAAGAAGGAAAGAGUUCACCAUUAUUGAUUGGAAGCACUUAAAAAUUACGAGCCUGACCAAGCGUGCUUGGUGCAGACACUGCUCCAGACCAAGGGCUUUUUCCCAGUGUGAGGAGAUGGUGGGGUUUUUCUUUACCUCGUCAUUUUGCCAUUAAUUUCAAAAAUCCGCUUCAGCGCUGAGGAGCGGUCCUGCCACCUGGGCCACCGUGUCACCUCCCCUUGGUGGGUUCAAAAGGCACCUUAGAGCCACCGCCGAGUCACGCCCCAGCAGCCUCUGAAACCAACAGUAAGCACAGACAGCCAUGAGGGGCCUCAAAUUCACUAAAACUGGUGAUUUAGUUUAACGGAAAAUUCUGGUCUAACCGUGGAACCUCUGGUAUCGUGCACCUGAACCCCAGGAGGUACCAGAAUGGGAGUCAAGAGGGGUUUGGUUUUUCUUCUUUGAAAUGAAUUCUAAAGCCACUGAAGGGACUUGGCCACACAUCCCUAACUGAAAUCUGUAGGAGGUGUGUGGUGAAGUCCCUUAGUCAUCGGUGGAAAAUCCCUUGCUGACCUUCUCAUUCCAAAUUUCCCUGAUAUUCAGCAUCAUACCUGGAUCAGCCGUCUACAGCUAUGGACUGCUCUGCCAUGUAUGCUCAGGCCUAGGACUUUCAGCCUCCAAGGAAUUGUCUUUUAUAGAAAAAAAAAAAAAUCCAAAAAACCAGCACUUUGGUCUAUUUUUUCCCCCAUUCUUUUUUAUAAAUAAAUACAUACUUCUGAUGAAAAA